AUGUCUUUCUUUGGCAAAACUUACAAAUUCGUGAAGCAGGAAAAUUUCGAUGGAUUCCUCAAAAGUGCAGGUAUGCCUGAAGAGAGGGUCGCCAAGAUCCUGGAGGGUAAACCAGAACAGAAACUGACCAAGGAUGGAGACACGUACACGCUUCUGACAGUGUCUCCAGUAGGUACUAAUGAAGUCAAAUUCAAGUCUGGAGUAGAGUUCGAUGACGUUCUUGGGCCAGAGAAGAAACCUAUCAAAAACACUUUUAUCGUUGAUGGAAACACAGUGACACAGACGGUCAAAGCCAAAGAACUCAACGCCACUAUUAAGAGGGAAUUUAACGGCGAUGAUCUUGUGCUGACUGCUACCAGGGACAAUUGGAAUGGCACUGCUAAAAUAUUCUUUAAAGCUUAA